AUGUAUUUCUAUAUACUAAACAUUGAGCAGGUAAAUGAAACAACGGUCAUGCUUUAUGGAAAGCAACUGGACGGUCUUCCUAAGGAGCCGCCUGUAGAUGCAUCUUUAUGUAGUUCGAUAUCUGGAAAGAUCCGUGUGGAAAAUAUACAUUCGCCAGUCUUCCUGAAGGCAGUCAAGGGUAAGGACGAGGAGUUGAAGAGAGAUGUCGAGUUGUUCAUGAGAUCCAAGGGAGUUGAGUGUGUGUUUGAGUCUACAUCAAAAGAAAAUGUGUUCUAUAGUAAUAUGGAUCGAAAGGUCGAUUUAAUCAAGGUCCUCCCCAAAAGAAACAUUUCCUUUGACAACUUCUUUUCAGAUUACUCAGAAGCGAUCAUAACAGAGUUUGGCAAUCCAACAGAAAACAUUGUUAUAUCAAGAAGGCUUAGAGGGCCUUGCAUAGUUCGAAUUGAUGGACACUCCAUGUCUUCUGCAAGGGAAACUGUUGUGAGGUCUCCCUCAAUGAUCCACUUUGUUUGCAAUUCAAGUCUCCCUAAACUGGUCUUUGGCUCACUAGCAGUGAGAUUUGACAAGACGGGAAUUACCAAGUAUUGCCUGUAUGCACAAGGGACUUAUCAUUGCGGAGGAGUGAAACUUCCGGAUUGCAAGGAGAAUUUUGAAGGAAAGGGAGUUGAGUAUACACACCAUCAAUCCUCGGAUGCAUUAGUGAAGGAUCUCAAUAAUUUGAUGUCUAGCAAAGGCAUUGAUUGUAUAGUCUAUCACAAUCUCCCUUCUCUGGUUCUCAAGAAGCUGGAUAUAUCUGGAAUGGUGAGAUGUGAUUUAUUUGUCUUUGCGAGCGGAAGCAUAAAAGGAUGUGAUUUUUCCAUUGGGGAACUACUUGGAACACUGAAUCUGGAGGUUCCUGGGGAGCUGAAGGAAAUCCAAGAACACACAGAUGGCCAGCCCAAAAACUUAUUCAAGACACUUGCUUUAGAAUCCAAAGCAAUACUGGAGAUAUUUGAGGCCACCGAAGCAUUGCAUCUAUCAAAGGAAAUGUGUGAGAUUUCAGGAUAUAUUCUAAACAGAACUCUGCAGAACCUACGUGCUGAGAGAAUUGAAUAUACUCUCCUUCAUGAGUUAUACAACCGAGGAUAUCUAUUUCCCUCAUCUGUAAGUCGUCGAGAGGUGAAGUAUACAGGAGGGCUGGUUUUAUCUCCUCAAGCAGGGUUCUAUGAGGAUCUCGUCCUUCUCCUGGAUUUCAACUCCUUGUAUCCGUCGAUUAUCCAGGAGUUCAAUGUAUGCUUCUCGACGAUAGGGAUGUUUGAUAAAAGCGUCUCGGGGGAUAUGAGUCCUGAGAAACUGGCAGUUCUGACCGAGAAGAGCAGAAUGUCGGAAAGAGGGUUUCUCCCAAAGAUUCUUGAAGGAUUUGUUGGAAGAAGGAAGGCAAUCAAGGACCUGAUGAAGCAGAGCAGGACGCCAGAGGAAGCAAAGGCUCUAGACAUAAGACAGAAGGCAUUGAAGUUGACGGCCAACAGUAUAUAUGGAUGUCUUGGGUUUACAGGAUCAAGGUUUUGUAACUACACGAUGGCAGCAUAUAUAACCAACAAGGGGCGGGACCUUCUUCUGGAGGCGAAAAGAAUUGCUGAGGAAGAGUGUGGGAUGAGGAUUAUUUAUGGAGAUACCGACUCUGUGAUGGUUUACACUGGUCUUUGUGGAGAGAAGUCCAACUACAAAAGAGCACUGGAAAUGUCAAGAAAGCUGAGAGACACAAUCAAUUCAAAGCAUCAGAAGAUAGAGAUUGAGGUGGACAAGGUUUUCAAAAAGCUUUUGCUAUACAAGAAGAAGAAGUAUGGAGGGCUCUACAUGGAUGAAGAUGGGAAGACCUAUGUGGAGUACAAGGGAUUGGAUCUUGUCAGAAAAGACUUUUGUGAGGUCAGUAGGAAGAUAUGCAAAAUUGUAUUAGAGCUGUUACUUGCAGACAGUGAAGAUCCUAUGGUCUACGAAAGGUUUUAUAAGGAUAAGGGAGAGGCAAAGACCAUCUUAAACAAUGGAAACACCAAGAUCAUCGAGGCGGUUUAUGACGAGCUAAAGAAUCUAAGCAGCAAUCUUGAGAGCAUUCCUUCAAAGGAGUUUGUCAUUCAUAACACCCUGUCGAAGGCGCCGGAAAGCUACGAUCCCUCGGUGGGGCUUCCGCAUGUUUCUUUAGCCUUGAGGUUGAAGGAGUCGGGAAUGAAGUUUGAUCAGGGAGAUGUUGUUUGCUAUGUCAUAGGAAAGGGAGAUUUGAGGGAGGCUGUCCAUAAGAGAGCAUACCAUUUGAGCGAGAGCUUUACCAUUGACUAUGGAUAUUAUGUGUCUAACCAGAUCCUCCCGCCUUUGCUCAGAAUUGUGGGUGUGGUUAAGGGCUUUCACCCGGAGAAAAUAGGAAAGAUCUUUGGAGUCGAAAAGGCAGUGAAGCAGGGGGUGGAAAAGUCCAUAUCAUUCUUAACACCUUGUUGUGAAAUUGCUCAAGGAGCAUCUUCGAAGUGUAGAGAAUGCGGGAAGCCUGUUUCCAGGGAAUUCUAUGUAUGGAAAGUUAUGGAGAUGGUUAGAAAAGAGGUUGAGUGCUUGUAUAGUGCUGAGUCAAGAUGUCUUGAGUGCGGGAUAUCCUCUUAUACUCAUAUGAAGAGAUGCUUCAACUGCAACUCAGAACUAUCCUUUGAGCCCCUAAACUAUGACUUCGAUCGCCUCUUGAGUAAGGUGCAGUCUAUGUUUACAGGAUGGGUUGAGAUAGAAGAUAUUACAAAAAAAUAUGCAGCUGCUUCGGAGUAUAGGCGAAUCGACCUGUCUAAGUAUUUUGAAAAAGAGAUUGGUAGAAAUCAUUAG